AUGAUUUUUCAAUUCUAGUGUAUUAGAAAACAUCUAAUAUUUGAUAAAUAAUACUUAUUAACCUAUGAUGGUUCAAGUAUUUUUAUUGGGGAAGUAUAUAUUAAACUAUAUAAACCAGACAAAAGCAAAACCUAAAUACCAACUGGAAGUAUCUCUAAGAUCUACAAUAACAUUUCAUAUGGAUGAGGAUUUUUAUGGAUUUUCAAUUCCAUACUCAGGCCAAUAAAAGCUUUUUAGAGCAAAUGCCAACAAAAUUAGAGAAUUAAAGAAAUUAAUAGAUGCUAAGAUAGUUUAUCUUGAUAUGAAUCAAUUCUACCUUCCAUAAUAAGUUUUAGGAGUUGGGGCCUUUUCAUAAGUAUAUAUUUAUUUAUUAUAAUUAGGUACAAAUGGUGUAAAAUUUGUAGACAAAGUAGUUAGUAGCUGCAAAAUUUCUGAACAAGAUUAGAGAAGGAAAAUCAAAUACAGAAAGAAUGAAUGUAAUAUUAGUUGAUGAUUUGAAUUAUAGGAUAUAAUAAAUGAAAUCUAAAUAUUGUACCGAUUAAAUCACCCAAAUAUUGUGAAAAUUAAAGAAAUAUAUGAUAAAACUAAUUAAAUAGUCAUCAUCCAUGAAUAUGUAGAUGGUUAAACUUUAGAAAGAUUCAUCAAUGAACAUGGAACAUAAUUACAUUAAACUGAAAUUUAAUCAAUUAUGAGAGUAAUUAUAUAUAUUAUAAUCUUUUUUUAGCAAAUUUUGUUAGCUAUUGUAUAUAUUCAUGAAUAAGGAUUGCUACAUAGAGAUAUCAAACCAGACAAUAUAAUGAUAGACAAAAACUUAAAUAUUAAGUUAAUUGAUUUUGGCUUGGCAACAAAACAAGGAAGUCCGUUAUGCGUUCAAAAAUGUGGUACUCCUGGAUAUAUUGCACCUGAAAUUAUCAAUUCUUAAAAGCCUUAAUACAACAACAAGAGUGAUAUAUUUAGUCUUGGAGUUGUGUUCUAUAAACUGUAAUUUUAUUAAUUUUACUUUAGAAUUACUUAACAAGAUUUAUUUUAGAAAUCGUAAUUAGAUAAUUUGUAAUAUUGUUAUAAUGAGAACAUACUAUCAAUGGAACAUUUAAUUGAAUAUAAUAUUUCAGACUCCUGUUUUGAUUUAUUAUCUAGUAUGCUCUGUUAUGAUAAAAAUAAAAGAAUAAGUGCAAAAGAAUGUUUGCAACAUAACUAUUUUAAAGAGAGUCUUCGACCUUCUGCCAAGAAAACUUAAGUCUUACUUUAACAAUCUACAUAAUUCGUUUAAUAAUAAUCAACUAUGUUUUAGUCAUAAUUGUCAGAAGGAAGUAGAAAACAAUCCAGAAAAAUUAGUGAUAAAACAAACAAUCGAUCGUAUAAUAUUUAUUUAUUCUUUAGUUUAUCACAAAAAAAAUCAAUGAAAUCUGAUAGUUCUAUUUGA